AUGAUCGAUAAUCAAUUAAACAAGAAAAGAUGCCAUACUCUACCCAACAUCUACAACCACAAUUUUGCUAAUAAUAAAUAUUUAAUUGCGUUUGAAACCAAAUAUCAACUAAAUAAUAAACCACUUUCAAGACACUACUCCUUACCAAUUCAUAAUAACAAUAGUAAUAACAAUAUUAAUAAUAACAGUAGUAAUAAUAAUAAUAAUAAUAAUGCUAGUGAAUUUGAGAGUGACUCUGAUUCAAUUAGCCUCAAAAGCUCCAACAGUAUUACAAGUAAUAACACUGUUUACAGUUUCAACAGCAUAAACAGUCUUGACAGCUUCAACAGCUUCAACAGCACUAACACUAUCAACACCAACUACAGCACAACCACCAACACCCACAAUUCCAUCCCUCCGAAGGACAACAAGUUAAGCCUCAACACCAGCUGCACCAGCACAAACAAAAAGCCCGAGUCGUUACUCAACACCCCAAUUGACGCCUGUUUGCUCAUAAACAACGACGUAGACGACUACAACUACAACUACAGCUACAACAGCUCCAACAACAAUCUUGCCGGGUUUCUCAAGGUCAACGAGGACAACGACGACCUCUUGAAUCUGGCUUCCUCGCUCCACCACUCCUCCACCUCACCUCACCUCAACGACACUGCCCUCUCCCACAACCCCAACCACGACCAUGUUCCAAACAAAAAGCUCAAGAAGCAGAUCAAGAAGAGAUUCUCCAGUCUCCAUUCUUCUCUACUUCACUCCUUCAUUAAGAAGUUUUCUUCUCAAAAUAAGUCUUCUGCUGCUCGAGAUAUUCACUUGAAUAACUCUAAUGCCACUCUCGAUACAAACAUCAAUAUUAAUAUCAACAACCACAGCCAGACCCGUAAUAAUGAUACCAAUAUUCACCCCAAUGUUAAUCCCAUAAAUACUGCUGACCGUAUUGAUUUCAUUCGCAAUAUAAACGAUAUAGACGAUAUUGAUCAAAACGAUGAUAAUGACAAUAAAAGAGAAAGUAAUAGCACUCUAAAUGAAUUCAGCCUAGUUUCUUCUAAUAUUCUAAGUAAUCCUAACAAUAAUACCAAUAAUAACAAUAAUAACAAUAGCACUAAUAAUAACAAUAGCACUAAUAAUAACAAUUUAAUUAUUUCAGAUAACUCAAGUAUAUUGAAUAAUUCAAUUUACGAUUUUUCAAUCCCAAAUAACACCAACAAUGGUAUUGAAAAUAUAAUCAAUAAUCAUAAUAAUGAACUGUCUUCCAUUUUUCAAAACUCCUUUUCAACUAUAUCUCAGUCAAACUCAACAAUUAACCAUUUCCAGUUCGAUUCAAAUUCAAUAAAUAACUUCAACAACCAAUCAAUAAAUAUUACAAACAACUAUAUAAAUAACAACGAAAACAUUCAUGUCCACAAUCUUAAUAACACCUCUUCUACUACUCCCACUGCCACCUCGUCAAAUGAAAAUGAAAAUACAAAUUCAAAUUCAAAUUCAAAUUCAAUCACAAAUUCAAACGCAAAUGCAAACACAAAUCCACACUUCCACUCUAACUCAAACACAAUAAACGGUUUAGACACACUAAAUAUAACAGACGAUGAAAUCACCGGAGAAUUUAGAACCUUAUCGACAAGAUCUGUUGAAAGAAUUAUUCAAAAUAUUUUCAGAUUACCUAACAACUCUAUAUUAAAUAACCAAUUCCAAGAAUUAUCCUCUGAUGAUGAUAAUAAUGAAUUCCCAAGAAUCAGUUGUGUUUAUUUUGAAAUGAACAUAGAAUUCUAUGAAAAUGAUAAAUAAUUUAUUCAUUCAUCACUAAUUAAUUCCUCAAUAAUUUAUUCAAUCACCCGACCUCCAAAUCACUUCAUUAUUCAAUUAUUCAUCAAUUUAUUCAAUCACUUAUUCAUCAAUUUAUUCAAUCACUUAUUCAUCCAAUAUCCCAUAAUCAUUUCUCUUAUACAUAAUCUUAUUUAUUAUGCAUAAUCUUAUUUAUUAUGCAUACCAC